CGGCCUUCGCGUCACAGUGUCAAUAUGGCGUCUGUCUGCCGGACAAAAGGCGAAUCUGUCUGACGGCGGAUUGAAACCCAAUUAGAAGCAGGGGGGAGACAUUUUGGGAAAACUGUGACAGUCCCCGAGUCUCUGCGCUCCGAGGCGGCAGAUAUAUGAUCAAACUAACAUCUGUGGAGGCUCUCGGACUGGAAUAAGGAUGUUCCAGCAGAGUGAGGAGCCUCGCUUCACCAUCGAACAGAUCGAUCUCCUCCAGAGGCUCCGGCGAACCGGCAUUACUCAGGUGGAGGUCCUCCACGCCCUGGACACGCUCGAUCACCUGGACCGACAGAAUGGCCACAAGCAGGCCCGCAAAGCUUCCUACCUGCCGCCCUCGUCUUCCUUGUCUUCCUCCAACUCCGUCUCUGCCUCUUCGUCCACCACUUGCGCCUCCACUCAGACGGUUUUUCCGGACAACCGACUCUCCCUGUCACCUGGGAACAACUUGGACGCCGCCUCCCCGCCUCUGCCGGUCCCGACAGCCUCGCCGGUUGUUGUGCAGAAUGGACUUGGCGCCGUGGCCAACGGGAAGCUUUCUCCGCCGCGGUUUCCUCUGGCCGUGGUCGGAGGCAGCAUGACUGCACCGGGCUUUGGGUUUGAGGCCAGUGAGGAUGACUUGGAUCUGGAUGAUAAAGUGGAGUUCUUAAUGAGGAGGGACAGCAGUGUGAUCAAAGAGGAGAUCAAGUCCUUCCUGGCGAACAGACGGAUCUCCCAGGCCGUGGUUGCUCAGGUAACAGGGAUCAGUCAAAGUCGGAUCUCCCACUGGCUCCUCCAGCAGGGGUCGGACCUCAGCGAGCAGAAGAAACGGGCCUUCUUUCGCUGGUACCAGCUGGAGAAGACGAACCCCGGCGCCACUCUGGCCAUGCGGGCGGCCCCGCUGGCUCUGGAGGAUAUGAUGGACUGGCACCAGACCCCCCCACCGUUCGCCUCGGCCCCUGGGGGCUUCCGGCUGAGACGGGGGAGCAGAUUCACCUGGAGGAAGGAGUGUCUGGCUGUCAUGGAGAGCUACUUCAGUGAUAACCAGUAUCCCGACGAAGCAAAGAGGGAGGAGAUUGCCACUGCCUGCAAUGCUGUCAUUCAAAAACCAGGAAAGAAGCUGUCUGAUUUGGAGAGAGUUACGUCUCUCAAGGUCUACAACUGGUUCGCCAACCGCCGUAAAGACAUCAAGAGGCGUGCCAACAUAGAAGCAGCCAUCUUAGAGAGCCAUGGCAUCGAGGUCGAAAGUCCAGGAGGACAGUCCAACGGCGACGAGGUGGACGGCAACGACUUCCCUGACCAGGGUUGCGACGUGUCCCUGUUUGACAAGAGAGCUUCGGCCAGGCAGUUCGGCUUCAGUCGAGCUGACCUGUCCUCUCCCACCCAGGUUCCGCCGCAGCUGCCCAGCUGGUUCUCUGCCCUGACCAGGGGAGGCCAGCGGGGCACCUCGCUGAUCGGCCGCUCCCUCCUUUCGGGGGCGGGCUCUCAGGCAGAAGGAUCCAGAAUGACGGGCGCGUCCUGGUCCCCACCGUCCCCGUCCCUCCAGGACGACCCCGGCCUCCACGUCGUGCUCUCCGAACCGCAGGACCCGGCGACGUCGGAGAAGACGGCGGCCGGCCGCGGCAGCCCGGCCUCAGCCAAUCAGGCGGACGCGGGGAAUCCGAUCAAGACGGAAAGCGUGGAUGACGACUGACGGACGGGGAAACCCGUCAGACGUUGGAGCUGUCAGAACAGGUGUCCAUUAUAUGCAAGCAGAUUUUAUAGGAAUGUUAUAAGUGAACAAAAAGACCAAACGUUGUGUAAAACUCCAACCCUGAGAUACCUCCCAACCCUACCUCCAACCACCAACCUACUCUGCUACACUCGUAUAGCUGUUAAUAGUGUAAUAUGAUGAUAACGACGAACCUUUAUACAUUAGCCGUCUCUGGCCAUCCGCGGGAGAUUCAAAUGUGCGUCUCAGAUCAGAUCCUGCAAAGAAAAGUCGGUUUCUCCGACGCUCCCAGGGAAACGGCCCGAAUGGUCCCGGGCGAUUUCUUUGCUGGGUUGUUUUCGAUUGGAGAUCGGUUUGAAUCUUCCCCGGAUGGCCGUCCAGUGGGACAUGAAGCCUCGUGUGCGGGCUUCCGUAGAAGACUGCAUCACUCACAGCAGGGCUACGCUGUAUUUGGCUUGGGAAUCAAAUGCUUUCAGGGGUCUUGCACUGUGAUUUCAACUGAACAGCCUCAGUGUAUAGGAAUAUAAAAAUGAGCUUCAUAGUUUUCUUUUUGUUUUUUCUUUUCUUAUUUUUACUGAAUCUUUUAUGGUGAUCGUCGUCGCAUUUCACGCCAGAUUUCUGGCAGAUGAAUCCUUGUAGGCACAGAACAAGCUUGAGGUCGCAGCAGUUUUUAUGAGAAUGAAAAAUAAUUAUCUUCAGAGAGGCAGAAGCAGAAUAAUCACCCCAAACCCCCAGAGUAAGCUUAGUAUAUAAUAACUAAAAUGGCUAUAAAAUAUAGACACAUUUAAGGAGUGUCUUGGUUGCCAUGUCUUUGCAAUAUAUUCACAACCCUUGAAGCUUUUCACGUUUUGUCAGAUUACAACCACUAUACUUAAUGUUGUUUUAUUGGGGUUUUAAUGCACCGAUUUACAAAUUUGUGCCAAUAUUGUUGUCUGAUAUUAAUAAUGCUGCUAUGGCCGAUAAAUGAUAUUAGCCAAUAUUUAUAUGUCAGGGUUUCCCCCAGAAAACUUGCUAAGCUCAGGGUGCUAGGGCAGUCUUCCAGCAGUCAUCCCGCCAUAUUUUUAGGGUAAAACAUAUUUAUAGUUGACAGGAAAUUUGAAAAUAUAACUUUAUAGUUAUGCGUUAUUGGAAGACUGAAAAAUUAAUACCUAAACACCAACUAUAAGUUCUUAAAAAAAAAAAAACUCAAAUAAAUUAACAAUGCUCAGCCUGGAGGAGGUAUAAAUAAAGCCUGGUGGCCCGCCAGGCUUUUAAUACACCGAGGGAAACCCUGGAUUUCAUGACGUCGCUCUCAGCCCGGAGCAUAGCAUUGGACUGAAUAGGUCUACCCUUAUGGAUGUGGCACAUCGUCACAGAUAUCCUGAUUUUUUUUUUUUCCUUUUUCCCCAAUAUCAGAACCGGGUAGUCAUGCUCUGGAUGUUUACAUAUAUAUGUAUAUAUAUAUAUCCUCCAGGAACAGGAAAGUCGAUCAGAGUGGCUCAUAACACUUCAGUUUGUUGGUCUAUCACAUAAAAACCCCAUAAAUAUUCUGCCAUUUGUGGCUGCAACCAACACAAUGUAAAAGAAAAGAAAAAGAUCAUGGGAUGUGAAUACUUUUGCAAGGCAACACAUAAAAUGUAACGCUAUAUAUAGUUUAAACAUUUUUUCAGACUUUUUUUAAAAAAACAGAAAGAACCGCUUUCAUAUUUUAAUGUCUAACUUCAGAUUCAGCUGAUCUGAGAGGCUUUUUUUUUUUCAAUGCACUGCUUCCACAUGCCCAUCAGAAACUAAAUAGGAUUUGAAGCUGCAUUAAAAACAGCUGCUCAGAGUAUUUUAAGGCUAUAAAUUUAAGCGAUAUUUAUGAACGUGGUAUUCAGUAGAUAUAAAAAGAAAACCUCAGUAUUCACUUCUUUAGAUUUUAUUGCGACUCAAAGAAAGCCAAAACUACAGACGUUUGUAUAUAAUAUAGCCAUGUAAAGCGACUUUUGAAGUUCGAUCGGUUAUUAUUUAUUCAUUUUGUAUCCGAGAAUGAUUGAUCACUGUGAGAUCUGCCUUCGACGUAGACGAGUCGGUUGGGAUGGAUUCAGCCCGUUUUAGAAGCUACAAACGAAAGGUCGAGUUGAAAACGUACACCAACCGUGUAAGUAGGUGUGUGUGCGCACACACAUCCACCCACCCAUAUGGUAUACUUUAUGUAACAAUAUAUAAACAUAUAAGCAUCUAUCGAGAGGAACUAUCAGCCUGAGUGAGUGUUGUCGGUGAAAGGCGUGUGGAACAUUAGCCAAAGUAUUGAGUUUUGUUAUCGGUGUAUUUUUGACGUGUGUUAUAGUUACGGAUGGCUCUAAACAACCGAGACAUGCUAAUCAAAACGGCGCAUCAGAUGUGUCAAAUAAUCAUGUGAAUUACAUCAUCUUCCUAUUUUUGUUUUCUCUUUAAUUUUUAAUUAUUAUUCUUUUUGGUAUAUCUGUGCUUCCUCUGGGUAUGCCAUGUGUUUUAAACACAUACUGCCACAAAUUAGUUGUAUUAAUCUGUUUUUUGUGUUUUUGCUUUGUUUUAGCGACACUUUAUUGAAUACGAUGGUGCUCAGAGUCCCAGCUGUUUGUAACUUUUAGUGAUCACUUUGAGUGAACGAUAGAGCAGCAGCAGUAGGAAGAGAAAAAGAAAAACAAUGGUUGCUAACCGCCUUCAGUUUCUCUCUCUCGGUUUACUCCACUGAUGAAUGCUAUCAAAUUAACUACACUGAGAAGCGCACUUCAGCUCUUAAAAACAUAUAUUGAAAUAAAUAAAGUUUAAUAUAAUACCUGAGCGUACAGCCGUUGUGGAAGUCUGCCAUAUUUUUAGCUUCUUGUCAAACAUCUGCUCCAUUCUUACUGAAUAUGCAGCUUACUAGUUAGUUUAAAACUCUGCACUUUUUUUAAUGACCACCAGAGGGCAGAUUUGGGUGAAGCGACGCCCAAAACAAAGCACUAACAGUUGUGACCAUUUUAUUAUGGCGUCAUUGUAACAAAUGAUGAGGAGUGAGCUCAUUAUUAAAAAGUGCAACACUGUAAAGAACAAAAAUACAUAAUGCAUAAUAAUACUGUUGACAGAGGUGCUGUUUCCUUCUGAAAUAGCUAUUCAUUAGAAAUAUUAGACAUCUAAAGCUGUCUGGCCUGGGAAGUUAUGGUCACUGGUUAGUUGUUAAAAAUCAAGUCGAGAUGUUUUAGCAAGUUAUUAACUGUUCACAAAACUACAUACAAAACCAGCAGAGAAAAACAACAGUGUUCCUGGUUCAGAGUCACUGUUACAUAACUAGAUCAUAACAUAACUAGAUCCUCGGAUAACUUUAAAAGAGAGAAGGUUUAUUUUUUUUCUUUGAAUAAUUGAGUCUUGUUGCCAAUAAGAACAGAAAUUUCGAGCUCCGGUUACAAUAAAAACAGUGCUCAUUUUUGCUAUAACGACCCGGUUGCUACAGGGGACCGUUUUAUGAUUCUUUCCAAACACUGCUGUAGCCCACAGAUGUAUGCUCACUUAGGUUGUUUUUUGUGAUUAGAGCACUUUGUGGUGUUUGGUAAACAACUCGGUGCACUACCUAACGGAGCAAAGGAGUAGUGGAGGGAAAGCCCACCCAACUGUGCGCCAAUCAUUUGGCAGUCGGCUAAAAAAGGCAUGAAAAGGUCAGAAUACUAAAUGUGGGCUAGACUUCUACUUGGCUCCGAUUUUUAUUUUUAUGGGAGCUCCAAAUUGUUCCUGACCUUUUUAAAAAGUCCUACAUCCACUACCGCUGGGAUAAAACAUUUGGUUUGGGUUAAAGUGUGACACAGCUUGCCCGAAUCAUUAUCGUUUCUGCACCAAGGAAAGUAAAAUGGAUUUUACCAAGGGCAACUGGAGCAGGAAAACACGUGUAAAAUGCUAUGUGGUUAUGCAAUGAAUUAUGCUUCACAACAUCUUGAUUCAGUAAGACGUUAUAAGAAUAUAGUCCUAGUUUAGAACUGAAGUGGUAACUUAUUUUACAGUUUUAAAUAAUGAGCUAAGAACUUUAACAAUUUAAUAAUAAACUGGGGGGGUAAGCCAGUUUGGGUUGGAAAAAAGUAGCAAAUUUUACUGGAAAUGCAUCGAUUAUUCAGGCAGAGAUCAGAAUCGGCUGAUUCAAUAGUAAAAAAACAAAACUUUUUUCUCCCUAAUCAUCAUUGAAACACGUCAAAGUAAAAACUCCCACCAUUAAACACAACCUACUGAUUGUGCCUUGAUGGACUUUUUGUAUUGAGCUAAAAGUAGAUCAAUGCUAGAAGCUAACAAUUUUAAGAAAUAAUGGAUAGUUUUAGAAUGACGUUACUUUGUCAAAUCAAAACGGUGACCACUAUCAAAGAACCAUCAAUCCUUAACCUUAAAAUCCAAAUAUGUUCAAAUCGGAAUCAGCAGGUAAAGUGGAGAAAGCUUCAUUUCUAGUUUUAGCAAGUCUUAAUUUUUGUAUUUCGAUUGUCAGAUGUUUUAGUAUGUCAAGUAUGGAUUUGAGCAAACGGGCUUCUAUAAUGGCCGUACAUUCAAAGCAGUUCAUUGUUUUUCAGUGAAUUUUUAACUUCUUAUUUUAGAGUUAAACAUUGACACGGAUACCUCAGACACUCCCCGUCAGCUAGAAGCUCCUCCUCAAACGUUACUCUGCUGCUGCUGCUUCUACUUUUUUUUAGACUUUUAAAAGAAAAUCCAGAUCAGAGGACGGUCUCGCUGUUCGGAAAACUGUGAUGAAGUUCUUUUAAAAAAAAUUUUAUUAUUAUUUUUUUUUAAAAUAUGUGAUGCUGGGGGAAACUGCUUCUCCAAGUAGGUUCAAUAAAUAUAAAACUGAUCGUAAAGGGAAGUUCUACUCCCGUAAAUGGGUUGUUCAAAUCCUCCCUAAUCUGGGAGAUUUUAACACGAAUCUUCAGUGUUUUUGAUGAUCGACUGUUUCCACUUUUUGUGACAGCAGAGCUGUCCGUCUUUGCUUUAAGCGUUAGUGGCAUUAUCAGUUAUGUAGCUCUCUGUCAUCUUUUUCUUAAUUAUUAUUAUUUACACCAAAAACCUUUCUUUUUUUGGGGGGGUUUAAAUCUGCUUAGCAGAAACCUUUGUGAAAGGAAGCUAGUUAGUUUAGGAAAACAAAACCUGCUGUCAUGAGAUUAUUUGAAUCAUGUCAUUCGCUGCCCAUGUGGCAGACUUACUGGGGUCUGGUGUUGCCAUUUAGAAAUUAUUCAAACUAAAGGACAUGUACUGUAUCUGUUGAAAACAGGAGAGGAUCUGAGCAGACUGGUUUUAGAUUAUGGGAUCUUUCCUAAUCGUGUAAAAAAAUAAAAAUAAGAGUGGAUUGUUCAUUCAAAACACAUUGUGUUGCAGAAAUAGACAAAUUACUGAUUUAUUUGCCAGUAUUUAAAAUAAGCUAAUCCCCCCAUCCCUUCUUCUACCCAUCGGUUUCCUAUUUUCAUUCUAUUGAUUUAGGUUCUGUGUCCUGAUGACCGUUUUGUGCCAGAACGUGAUGUAAUCACUGAGUUGUUGUGAAAAGAAAACCCACUUCCAGAGGUUUUUGCUCUUCCAGUUCUGUCUGAUCUGUAUUGAUGUUUGUCGAGUUUCCUUUUUCUUUGUUUUCCCCCCUCAUUUGUACAAAUGCAGGUCAACAUCUGCCUUCAAUCAUGUUUAUGUCUGAAUAUUCUUCAGAUGAUUUUCUAUAUGUACAUCUUUUAUGCGGUUGUCAUUUACGGUGUACUCUCCAGCCUUAAAUCUUCUCAUCCCAUUAGCCAGGGACUGGAAACGCUACACUUCUAGCAGUUUUAGAAAAAAAAAAAAACGAUGGUCAUCUCCAUCGGUCUGGCAAUAAGCUCUUCAACACAUUUCUGUAAAACAAAAAUAUAAAACCUCAACUGGAUGGAUGUUGGAUCAGUUUUUUUAUUUUUUAUUUUAUUUUUUAGAUCCCCUUGUUCAUUUCUAUUUCAAGAUUUAGUGCCUUUUUUGGACAAGUAGACUGUUGUGUAAUUGCUAUGUAGAAAAUCUACAUAAGCCUUUUGUUACUUUUUCAUCUGUUCAAUAAACCUUGAUUUGUUAUUUUUAAGGUGUGUUUUUAUCAAUAUUCUAUUUACAAGGGAAUAAAAGCUGAUCAAACUCAA